CAUUCAAAAAAAGAAAACAGUGUUGUCCCAUCAUGGUUAGUUUUUGUGGGUGGUCCUUUAGCAAAUAUUACUUCAGAAAAAUUUAGAGAUUUAGUCAAACUAUUAGAUAAAACUAAUAAGAUAGAUCAUGUCCUAAAGAGACUUGAAAAUAAAGAUAACACUUUGGCACUUGUAGAGCUUCUUAAAAAUAAUAAAGCAUUUAAGGAUCUAAAUGUAGCAACAAAAUUUUAUACAAGAUUACAAGAAGAGGAG